AUGGCUGACGCCCAGGUUCCGGCGGACAUCAGCGCCAAGCUCGACAACCUCCUCCACGCGGUCGAGCUCAACACCCAUGAGAUCAGCCAAUUCGAGGCCUCGGGAUCUGACCCGCCAUCCCCCCACCCAUCGCCCGCGCACAAGUUCAAGUUCCCCGACUACUACGGCAAGGACGAUCCGGCAAUCUGGCUGCACAAAUGCGAACAGUGCUUCCAAGCCUAUCGCACCCCGGAGGCGAACAAGACCUGGACGGCAUCCUUCUACCUCCACGAGGCAGCCGCCCGAUGGUACUUUCGGUUGGAGCGUAAUCGCGGCGUUCCAUCGUGGCCGGAGUUCGUUCAAGCCAUCAACCGUCGCUUCGGGUCGUCCAUCCGCAGCAACCCCCUCGGCGAACUGGCCCAGCUCCGCCGGACGGGUAUGGUCGAAGACUUCAUCGACCAGUUCCUCACCCAACUCACCCGCUGCGACGAUGUCUCCGAACGGCAGCAGACUAACCUGUUUAUGGCCGGUUUGGGCGGCACACUGCAGAUCGAUGUGGAGAUGCAGCACCCGGAGCACCUCGAGGACGCCAUGAAUCUCGCUCGGGCAUACGAGCGGCGUUCGACUUCGAUCGCCACGGAGUCGCGAUUUGCGUGGCGCCCUCCCCCUCGGGGUUCCAAAUCAUCGUCAGCAGCGGCGUCGCCGGCCGCCCCAGCAUUCGCGGCGGCCUCCCAGCAUCGGACGGCGCCCUCUGCAUCCUCGGCCGACCCUCCACCGCCGCCAGAUCCUUCGCCAGCAGCCCCACCGUUUACACGCUUCCGGCGGCUGUCCGCAGAGGAGAUGGACGAUCGCCGCACCCACGGCCUGUGCUUCAACUGCCCCGAGAAGUUCGCUCCCGGGCACAACAAGGUGUGCAAGGGCAAGGGGGUCUACACCAUCGAGAUAUCCGAAGACUUCCCCCUGGAAGACGACGCCUCCGACAACGACUCCGAGCUGGCCGUCGAGGUGUCCAUGUGCGCCAUGACGGGUCUCGGCAGCACCGACACCUUCCUCCUCGAGACCGACAUCGCGGGCAUCCCCAUCACCGCCCUGGUCGACUCGGGAUCCACGCACACCUUCAUGGCGUCAUCCACAGCAGACCGCCUGGGCUUAUCUCCAGAGCCCUUGAGCGGCAUCCACAUCAAAGUAGCCAACGGCGAGCGGCUGCAGUCAUCCAGGGUUUGCCGUGCGGUCUGCAUCAUCAUCGGCGGCGAACCCUUCAACAUUGACAUCUUCGUCAUCCCACUGGAGGGCUACGAGCUGGUCUUGGGGUACCGUUGGCUGCGCUCCCUCGGCUCCUUCAACUGGGACUGCGCGCGCCAGCGCCUAUCCUUCUGGAAUGGCGGCCGACGGGUGUGCCUCGUGGGCAAGGGCGCUCCUUCUAGACCGCGCCUUGCUGCGGCCGUGGCGGCGAUCGACUACCUCCAGCUCCUCCUCGACUCGUUCGCCGACCUCUUCGAGCCGCCGACAACUCUCCCACCGAGCCGCAGCUUCGACCACCACAUUCACCUGCUGCCCGGGACGGCUCCAGUGGCGGUUCGACCGUAUAGAUACCCCCAGCUGCUGAAGGACGAGAUCGAGUGCCAAUGCGCAGACAUGCUGCGGCAAGGCAUCAUACGCCCCAGCACGUCCGCGUUCUCCUCCCCGGUCUUGCUGGUGCGCAAGAAGGACGGGACAUGGCGAUUCUGCGUCGACUACCGCGCCCUCAAUACCGUCACCGUCCGCGACAUGUUCCCCAUCCCUAUCGUCGACGAACUCUUGGACGAGCUCCGCAGCGCCGUAUUCUUCACCAAGCUCGACCUGAGUAGCGGCUACCACCAGGUCCGGAUGUUCGCCGCCGACAUCGACAAAACGGCCUUCCGGACCCAUCAUGGCCACUUCGAGUUCUUGGUGAUGCCCUUCAGCCUCACAAACGCGCCGUCCACGUUCCAGGCGCUCAUGAAUGAGGUACUGCGCCCUUUUCUCCGUCGCUUCGUUCUUGUCUUCUUCGACGACAUCCUCAUCUACAGCAAGACAUGGAGCGAGCAUCUGCAACACGUCCGUGCCGUCUUCGACACCCUCCGGGCGCACGGGCUGGUGUUGAAGCGGUCUAAGUGCUCUUUUGGCGAGAAGAGCAUGGCUUAUCUGGGCCACAUCGUCACCGGUGAUGGCGUGGCCAUGGAUCAGUCCAAGGAAGCAACGGACGCUUUCCGCACCCUCCAGCACGCCCUCACCACAGGACCCGUGCUACAGCUUCCUGACUUCGACAAGCCAUUUGUCGUCGACUGCGACGCCUCCGGCUCGGGCUUCGGGGCCGUGCUACAUCAGCUUGACGGCCCCAUCGCGUUCUACAGCAAGACGGUCGCGCCCCGUCAUAUGAAGCUGGCGGCCUAUGAACGCGAACUAAUCGGUCUUGUGCAGGCGGUGCGUCACUGGAGACCGUACCUGUGGACGUGCCCAUUCAUCGUCCGGACCGACCACUGCAGCCUCAAGCAUCUCCUAGACCAGCGGCUGUCCAUGCUCCCUCAACACACGUGGGUCAGCAAGCUCUUCGGGUACUCCUUCACGGUGGAGUACCGGCCGGGGCGCCAGAACGUCGUCGCCGAUGCUCUCUCCCGGUGCGACGAGGAUCAGUGUGCCAUCAAUGCCUUGGCGCUAUCCCGACCAGAGUUUGAGCUCUUUGACGAGCUCAAGCAGGAGGUGGCGUCCCUCCCCUCUUUCAACACCAAGCGCAAGGAGAUCGCCGACGGCUUGGCCGGAGCAGCCUGA